CUGCUCCUGCAGCUAGAUUCCCAACUUUCCAUGUAUGUAAACUGGGUGCGAUAUGGUUAUCUGCCCCCAAAAUUUCCAUUGUUCCAUCCUGCGUUGCCCCAUUCAGAUUCAGUUACGAAGCAUGUCGGUGCAUCACGAAAUUGCAAUUCAGAAUCAGUUUGUUCUUUGAAGAAAUAUCUCAUCAUUUUGAGUGGUUCAGGCUUGUUAAUCUGUUAUGGGUCGAUGCUACCAAGUCUCACGACUCCGGCAUCAGUCAAUGGCUUGGUUUGCCUUGGUGCCGCCUCUUGGUGUUUGUUUGAUGCGUGCUCCGCAGGUUACAAUCACGGUGUGAGCCAGGACUAGUCUUACAGCAUCCUUUGUGACGCUGUCAAAAUAAUUCACCGUUUCUCUUCCGGUUUUUAUUUUGCUUACUGAGAUUCUACUGGUCACAAUCCAUUACUCGGCCUGCACACGUUUUCUUCCACAGAUAUUUGUUUCAUUCUUCAAGGGUGAGACAGCUCACCAUUGUUUGUUAAGUCAAGUCAAUAGUCUAGCAUAACUCCAGGCCCAUUCCUUCUGGCAGACAAAUCCUUUAAAAGGCAUCCACAUUCUACACAGUACACACAAGAUCUCCCAAGCUCCAACCUAAAGUUUUCCCAGCUUCUUGGUUCUUCCACACCCUGUAAACUCUGAACAUCAUGCCCUCAUUUUUGUCUCUGCUCUGUAUUCUCCUCAUCCUUUUCUCCUUCAACACUACAACGCUCGAAGCAGCGCAAGAAAACAAGUCCGAGAUUGAUCGCCAGGCCCUCCUUUGCUUCAAGUCCGGCAUCAACUCUUAUCCGCUUGGCAUCCUAAAUUCAUGGAGUGAUGACUCACUUAACUUUUGCAGCUGGAAAGGGGUCAGUUGCGGCACAAGGUUUCCACCACGGGUGGUCUCACUCAACCUCACCUCCGCUCGUCUCAGUGGGCAAUUAUCUGGAUGCCUAGGCAACUUGACUUUUCUAUCGUGGAUGAACCUUGCCGAUAAUCAUCUGUCGGGAACCAUCCCUGGAGAGCUGGGUAAGCUUCCAAACCUCCAUACACUGAAUCUUUCCAACAGCAAUCUUGAAGGUAACAUCCCUGAUUCAUUAGGCACUAGCAAUUCACUUAGCUAUGUCAAUCUUGGAAACAACACUCUUACCGGCGGUAUCCCUCUCUCGUUGACCAAUUGCUCCUCACUCAACACACUUAUACUGUCACGUAAUAACCUCUCUGGAGAGAUCCCUUCUACUUUGUUUGAUAACUUAUCUAAGCUUACUAAGGUUGAUCUCCAGAAGAAUUCCUUCACUGGUCUCAUCCCGCGUUUCCAUAAGGUCACAGCACUAAAAUUUCUUUGCCUGACAGAGAACUUCCUCUCUGGAAGCAUACCUCCUUCAAUAGGAAAUGCUUCUUCCCUCACUUCUAUAUUGCUCGGCCAAAAUAGGCUAUCAGGAUUAAUUCCGGAAACUUUGAGUCAAAUUUCAAAACUGGUUGAACUUGAUCUAAGUUUAAACAGUUUAUCAGGUAGUGUCCCGGUCUCUCUUUACAACAUGUCAUCGCUCCAAAAUUUUAGUGUGGGCAGCAAUGGCCUUGUUGGACAGUUACCAUCUUACAUUGGUUACUCACUACGAAAUCUCCAGUCCCUAAUUAUGGGAAGCAACAGCCUGGGAGGCCUGAUCCCUGCUUCACUGGCCAACAUGUCGAAUCUCCAAAUACUUGAUCUUUCAAGCAACUCGCUGAAUGGCCCUAUUCCGUCUCUUGGUUCUUUGGCAAACUUGAGUCAGUUAAUUUUGGGGAGCAACUUGCUAGAAGCACAUGAAUGGUCAUUUCUAACUUCUCUAGCAAAUUGCACCCAGCUGACAAAGUUGUCCUUGGAAGGGAAUGGUCUGAAUGGCAGCUUACCUGUAGCAGUUGUUAAUCUUUCCACGAGGCUACAAGAUUUGUCGCUUGGGUCAAACAAAAUUUCAGGCUCCAUACCUGUUGAAAUUAGAAAUCUUGUUAAUCUCGCUUCUCUUAGGAUGGAAAGCAAUUUUCUUUCUGGAAGCAUACCUUCUACCAUUGGAAAGCUGCAAAACCUAUAUAUCCUAAAUCUAUCAAAGAACAAAUUAUCAGGUCAGAUCCCUUCCUCAGUUGGUGACAUUACUCAACUGGGCAAGCUUUAUCUUGAUGAUAACAACUUGAGUGGAAACAUACCUCAUAGUUUAGGUCAGUGCAAGGGACUUCUUGAACUAAACUUGUCUACUAACAGCCUUGAUGGGUCAAUACCAGUCAAACUUUUUGAUCGCCCUCCACUUUCCUUGGGUGUGGACUUUUCGUACAACAAGCUCAUAGGAGAAAUACCAUCAGAAGUUGGUAAUUUGGCAAAUCUUGCUCUUUUGAAUGUUUCCAACAAUAUGUUGUUUGGAACGAUUCCUGAAGCUCUUGGAAGCUGUCUUACUUUAUUGUUCUUGCGCAUGGAGAGAAACAUGCUUGAAGGGCAAAUUCCUCAAAGUUUCAGCAAGUUGCGGUCCAUCCAGCAGAUUAAUCUAGCUCGAAAUAUUUUAUCUGGUCCAGUGCCGGAAUUCUUUGGCAACCUCACUUUGUUGGACAAGCUGGAUCUAUCAUACAACAACUUUGAAGGGCCAAUUCCCUCUGGUGGAUGCUUUAGGAACUCGAGUAUGGUAGCUUUGGAUGGAAAUAGGAUGUUGUGUGCAAGAGUCUUCAUGCUAGGGCUUCCAAUUUGUGAUGACACCCAAACAAAGAACCAUGUGCCCUUGCUAAGAAUAAUAAUGAUAAUUACACCGUUAAUUGCUGGUGUGUUAUUGUUAUAUUUGGUUUUCACUGUUUGGAAAAGAAGGGCACAGCUUGCAUUUCCAAGGUGUAAUAAGAUUCCCGGUGUGUUAUAUUUAGUUGCCAACCGGAAGAAAAGAGAAGCAGUUGCCAACCAGAAGAUAAGAGAAGUGGUUGCAUGUCCUAACCACAAGGAGACUCUGAAGAAGAUAUCAUAUGGUGACAUUCUAAAAGCUACCAACUGGUUUUCUUCAGUCCAUACUAUCAGCUCAACCUGUACCGGAUCAGUUUAUGUUGGUAGGUUCAAGUCCGAUAGGAGCCUAGUUGCCAUCAAAGUAUUCAACCUGAAUGAGCCUGGUGGAUAUGGUAGUUACUUUAUGGAGUGUGAGGUGUUACGAAGCACCCGCCAUCGGAAUAUAAUGCGACCUAUGACCCUAUGCUCGACACUUGAUUCAAAAAACCAUGAGUUCAAAGCACUGAUCUUCAAGUUCAUGGUUAAUGGCAGCCUUGACAGGUGGUUGCACUCUGAGCAGCACAAUGUAAUCCCAGACAGAGUGCUAAGCUUUGGCCAGAGGAUAUGCAUUGCAGCAGAUGUGGCUUCUGCUCUUGAUUAUGUCCACAACCAACUGACUCCUCCUUUGAUCCAUUGUGAUUUGAAGCCACACAAUGUCCUUUUGGACGAUGACAUGACUGCACGGCUCAGUGACUUUGGCUCAGCAAAGUUUCUAUUACCAGGUGAGGUUAUUCGUAAAAGUCUGGUUGAUGUCGGAGGGACUAUUGGAUACAUAGCACCUGAGUAUGGGCUGGGCUGCAAGAUCUCUGUAGGAGGCGAUGUGUAUAGUUUUGGAGUGCUUCUACUGGAGUUGCUUACUGGAAAACGACCAACCGAUGAUAUGUUUGUCGAUGGACUCACCCUUCGCAUUUUCUCUGAAUCCAUGUUUCCUGACCUAGUGGUGGAGAUGCUAGAUCCUCAUAUGGCGCAUGAGGAGCAUCAAGGGUGCGUAGAAGCAUGGAUGCAGAGAUAUAUUGUCCCAUUGGUUGCUCUUGGGCUGUCAUGUACUGUGGAAUCUCCAAAGGACAGACCUGGAAUGAAAGAUGUUUGUGCAAAACUUUCUGCUCUCAGAGACGAUUUUCUGGAACGCCAUCAUGACGAUUGACGGAUAUUUCAAGUCUGUUAGGGCACAUUGAUUCUUUAUUAUUAAGAAUGUAGUAACAAGUAUAGGACAUAGAUAUGAUUUGCACUGGGCAAUAAGUGGCUACAAAAAGCAUCAACUGUCCUUUGUUGUAUAUUUGUUGAAUUAUUUUUAUUUUGAUCUUGAGUUGUGUGUAUGGCGAAAUUCUUGUACUCCCUUCGUUUCUAAAUGUAAGUCCUUUUAAAGGUUCCACUAGGGGACUACA